CCUGCAGCGCGUCGAGGCAGGUUUGGGGACGCGCCGGGGCUGUGGGGACGGGGACGGGACCGGGGCAGCUCCGGGAGCAGAAUCCGGGGGUGCAGCACCCCGGGGCCUCCCGCGGCCGUAGCCCCGGGGGCGAGGCGUCGCGGCGCUGUCCCGGGGCCGUGUUCCUCCUGCAGCUUUCCCUUCCGUCCUCACCUCUCCCUCUCUCCGUCCCGCAGCCAUGAGUGACCGGCCUCGGCCCCAGCACUGAGCAGCCGCAGCCGCGAUGCCGAUCCCCCCCCCGCCGCCGCCGCCGCCGCCCGGCCCCCCGCCGCCCCCCACCUUCAGCCAGGCGAACACGGAGCCGCCGAAAUUGAGCCGAGAGGAGCAGCGGGGCCGCGGGGCCCUCCUGCAGGACAUCUGUAAAGGGACCAAGCUCAGGAAAGUGACGCAGAUCAACGACCGCAGCGCCCCGAUCCUAGAGAAGCCCAAGGGCGGCGGCGGCGGCAGCUACGGCGGGGGCUCGGCCGCGAUCCAGCCCAAGGGGGGCCUCUUCCAGGGCGGCGUGCCCAAGCUCCGACCCGUGGGAGCGAAGGAGAGCUCAGACGGCUCGGCGAAGCAAACCCUGCAAGUGCCCGGCUCCAGAGCAGCCGCCCCCAGGCCCCCGGUGCCGGCCGGCAGCAGCCGCCCCCAGGACGAUGCCGACGGCAGCCGAGCGUCCCCGCCGGAGCUGCCCCGCACCCAGAGGCCCUCCCUGCCCGACCUCUCCCGGCCCAGCGCCGCCGCCGCCGCCGGCACCACCGGCAUGAAGCACAGCUCGUCCGCCCCGCCGCCCCCGCCGCCGGGCCGCCGCAGCGCCGCGCCGCCCGCCCCCGGCCCCAAAAUCACCUCUUACAACCGGGAGAAGCCCCUGCCGCCCACCCCGGGACAGCGCCCGCCCCCCGGCAGGGACGGACCCCCGGCCCCGCCGCCCGGCAAACCCCCUCCGUCCCCCGUCAGCCACCGAACGGGGGCUCAAGGCCAGGCCCUCGCCCCCCCGCCGCCCCCUUACCGCCAGCCCCCCGGCGUCCCCAACGGCCCCUCCAGCCCCGUGGCCGAGGCUGCCCCCGAGCUGCCGCAGAGACACAACUCCUUGCACAGGAAGGCGCCCGGCCCCUUACGGGGGCUCGCGCCCCCGCCGCCCGCCGCGGCCUCCCCGUCUCUGCAGAGCAGCCGCCCCCCGCCGCCGGCCAGGGACCCCCCCAGCCGCGCUGCAGCCCCGCCGCCCCCGCCGCCGCUGCUGCGAAACGGGGGGCGCGACGCCCCCCCGCCUCCGCCGCCUCCCCCCUACAGACUGCACGGCUCCUCCGAGCCCCCCGGCCGAGGGAAGCCGCCCCCGCCGCCCACCCGCACGCCGGCCGGGCCCCCCCCGCCGCCCCCCCCGCCGGUGAGAAACGGGCACCGGGACUCCAUCGCCGCCGUCAGAGCGUUCCUGGACGACUUCGAGUCCAAGUACUCCUUCCACCCCGUCGAAGACUUCCCAGCCCCCGAGGAGUACAAAUACUUCCAGAGGAUCUACCCCAGCAAAACCAACAGAGCCACGCGCGGGGCCCCCCCUCUGCCCCCCAUCCCCAGGUGAAAGCGGUGGCGGCGCCGGCGGCUUCUUCCUGAGCAGGGGCACGGAGCUGCCCCCCCCCCCCCUUUUCCUCCGAUGGACCCCCCCCCCC